AUGAUUGCAGAGGGUAGAAUAGUGCCGUCUGAGAUCACAGUGAAACUUUUGUGUAAAGCUAUGGAGGAAAGUUUUCAAGUUAGUGGCAAUGAUAAGUUCCUUAUUGAUGGCUUCCCUCGCAAUGAAGAAAAUCGGAUCGUAUUCGAAAAUGUUGCUAGAAUCGAGCCUGCUUUUGUUCUAUUCUUUGAUUGUCCAGAAGAAGAACUAGAAAGACGCAUUAUGAGCAGGAACCAGGGAAGAGAAGACGAUAAUAUAGAGACCAUAAAGAAGCGAUUUAAAGUGUUUGUUGAAUCUACCCUCCCUAUUAUUAGCUACUACCAGUCUAAAGGGAAACUUCGAAAGAUCAAUGCUGCAAAAUCCAGCGAAGAGGUUUUCGAGGCUGUCAGAGUUCUAUUUGCAUCUGAAACUUGACAAGCAUCAAGGACUUGGAUUCACCGAACAGAACAAAACAGAGACUCCAAAGUCAAUGAUGUGCCUUGUCGUAUACGUAACUAAGUUUACAGAUUCAUGCUUAUUUGUAUAUGUAAAUAUCUCUACAUUUUACAUGUUCUCAUCAUACGAUAUAGCCAAACUUUCGUCGUAAUAACCAUAUUUUUAGC